AUCGAAGUGCAAAAUUCCAAACGAAAUACUCUACUCCGGUAAAUACUAGUAUGUAUUCGGAUUGCUUGGUGAACUGAGAUUGGGUAAUUGGAGCAUACUACACGUAUAUAUACGACGUCCGCUGCCUACAUAAUCAUUGAGAGGAAAGAGACGUCGCAUUCACACUGACGAAGUAGCCUUCACAAUCCGAGAGAGCUGCCCGGAAAAGUGCACUUUGCGUGGAGACCACUUUGCGGCAGCAAGGAUGAUUAUGGCCGUCAUGGCUGGCCGUCAUGGGUCGAAAGUAGUCAUACUGAGCCUGUGUUCAAUGGUAGUGAGUGGACUUCUCCCAACCGAUGGAGUCGAGCAGAUGGAUUUUGACAUUUUCCAAUCCAAGUUCAACCGGACGUAUUCAAAAGGCUCUACGGAGUAUGAACAUCGACAUCAAGUUUUCAAGCAAAACGUCCUGUCGUGUGCGGAAAGCAACUCGCAGCGCACCUCUCCUCACGAUGCUCAGUGUGGCGUUACUCAGUUCUCGGACAUGACCAUGGCCGAAUUCCUGGAGGGGCAUACCAUCCUCCAUGCUGAAGAUGGUUCUCGGUGCGGUGGGGACGAGCCUCCAUGUCAGACCAAGGCUGUCGGUCAGGAUCUUCCUGAACAGUGGGACUGGCGGCAACAGGGUGUUGUGACUGGCGUGAGGGAUCAGCAAUUAUGUGGAUCGUGUUGGGCAUUCGGCGUUGUCGAGACUAUCGAGAGCCACUGGGCUAUUCGCCACGGCGAGCUGCACGAGCUGAGCGUGCAGCAGCUACUGGACUGCACUCCGCACUGCUCCUGCAAGGGCUGCUUCACCGGCGACGCCUUCAAGUGGCUAGUACAGAGCCGGACUGCAUUGGAGCUGAGAAAGGACAAUCCGUAUGCUGACGAAAAGAAGCAGUGUGCAUCACGUCCCACGACCAAUGUCAGGAUCUCUAAUUACUCAUGUUGCCAUUUCGAGCCCUCUGCUGAGCUGACUCAGCUAAGGAGCGUGCUCUUCCAGAAUGGGCCGUUUGCCAUAAUGAUCAAUGCUGCCUCGCUGAAAGAUUAUGUUGGUGGUAUAAUCCAGCACCACUGUCCAUUCAAGAAUGUCAACGGCGGCUACCACAGCGUCGUUGUCGUUGGUUACGACAUGACCGGCGAAGUUCCCUACUGGAUCAUUCGCAACAGCUGGGGAGAAGCCUUUGGAGAGGAGGGCUAUUUCCGCGUGGUGAUGGGCAAGUCAAUGUGUGGUCUGGGUGUGCAGAUAACCUAUCCAGUUAUUUGAGGUGUCAACUCUAAGACGGGGACAGAAGUUCACCCGUAACCAUGGUAACGCUGAGGCUACUACUCCAAGGAUCCAGCAGACACCGACUGCAACAACCAACUCGGUCUCAUGUCCAGACCCCACCC